GGUUUUGCUUCAGCUUGACAAAAAAAUAACUUCCCGAAAUGUUCAAGUGAUGUUUUAAGCAAUUAUCAUUAAUUUUGGUGUUAAAUAAAUGAAUAACAUUUCAGCAUAAAAAUGAGUUUUUCUAGCGAUGAAGUCAAUUUCCUCGUUUAUCGAUAUUUGCAAGAAUCUGGUUUUCAUCAUUCAGCAUACACUUUUGGUAUAGAGUCUCAUAUAUCUCAGAGCAAUAUAAACGGAGCCUUAGUACCACCUGCAGCAUUACUGAACAUUCUUCAAAAAGGCCUUCAAUAUACUGAAGCUGAAAUCACGAUAGGAGAGGAUGGAACUGAGACACGUCUUACUGAAAGCUUAAGCCUGAUAGAUGCAGUAACACCAGACAUAGUUGCUGCUCGCCAAAAUGCUCACAAUGCACAAAAACAAGCUAUCAAAGCAGAGCCUGGCUCUGGAGGAGAACAAAAUGGAGUUGAUGGUGCAGUGUGUACCACAGUCACAACUACAGGAGGAGCAACUACUCCCAGUGCUCCCGAAAAUAUGGAUGUGGAUCAGUCUAUAGAAAUACCUGCUAGCAAAGCUACAGUUUUGAGGGGUCAUGAGUCAGAAGUGUUUAUUUGUGCCUGGAAUCCUAGUACAGAUCUUCUUGCAAGUGGUUCUGGUGAUAGUACUGCCAGGAUAUGGGACAUGUCAGAUAAUCCUGCAACUACACCUAACCAGCUAGUAUUAAGACAUUGCAUUCAAAAAGGAGGAGCAGAAGUGCCAAGUAACAAAGAUGUUACAUCUUUGGAUUGGAAUUGUGAUGGUAAUCUUUUGGCUACCGGAUCAUAUGAUGGUUAUGCACGAAUUUGGACAACUGAUGGUACAUUAGCAUCUACACUCGGGCAACAUAAAGGUCCAAUAUUUGCUUUAAAAUGGAAUAAAAGAGGAAAUUACAUUCUCAGUGCUGGGGUUGAUAAAACUACAAUAAUAUGGGAUGCUGCAACAGGACAGUGCACGCAACAAUUUUCCUUUCAUCAUGCACCAGCUCUCGAUGUUGAUUGGCAGACUAACACUUCAUUCGCAUCCUGUUCAACAGAUCAGUGCAUCCAUGUGUGCAAAUUGAAUGCUGAUAAACCAAUUAAGAGUUUCCAUGGGCACAAUAAUGAAGUUAAUGCUAUAAAAUGGGAUCCACAAGGACAAUUGCUAGCAUCUUGCUCUGAUGAUAUGACCUUAAAGAUUUGGUCAAUGAAACAAGACACAUGUGUUCAUGAUUUACAAGCACAUUCUAAAGAAAUUUAUACCAUAAAAUGGUCACCGACGGGCCCAGGAACACAAAAUCCAAAUAUGAAUUUGAUUUUGGCAAGUGCUUCUUUUGACUCCACCGUACGCUUAUGGGAUGUAGAAAGAGGAGCAUGUAUUCACACAUUGACUAAACAUACAGAACCAGUCUACAGUGUAGCAUUUUCUCCUGAUGGUAAAUUCUUAGCCAGUGGAUCAUUUGAUAAGUGUGUACAUAUAUGGUCAACACAAUCUGGUGCAUUGGUGCACUCUUAUAAGGGCACUGGUGGAAUAUUUGAAGUGUGUUGGAAUUCCCGUGGCACCAAAGUUGGUGCUAGUGCUAGUGAUGGUAGUGUAUUUGUGUUGGAUUUACGCAAAUUGUAGUAAAUCAUAAACAUAGUGUGAAAUUUCAUGCUAUGCAAGACUUACAAUUCUUGAGGUAUGCUGUUAAGAAGUGCCCUAACCUCUAAUGACUCUUAAUUUCAGUAUGUUAAUAGUAUUACAGACUAAAAAGCUGAAAUGAACUUCAUAUUAAUACAGCAUUGUCUAUUCCAUUAUUGAUGAUGAUAGAUUAUAUCAUAUAUAUUUUAAUUUAUGAUAGAAUAUGAGAAGCAAUGAAAGUCCAUUUAAGUUAAUGGCAGUUUUUGUGAAUAUAUAUAGUUAAAUUUUGUUUUCAGUUUUUUUUUUUUUCAAAAGAAAUUAUUUACUGAAUAUUAUAGUGUCGUUUAAAAAUAUAUAAUAAAUACUACGAUGUCACUGUAGUGCUGUAAAAAUAUUAUAGCAUAUAACCAAUUAUUUUGUAUUUAAGUAAAUUUAAUAAAUCUGAUAGAAUGU